CUUGGAUCGAUGAAUUGAGAGAAAUAGCGUCUUCGCACACUCUUUGCAAGUAUUUUUCAUCGCUGUAACUUCGGUUAAGGUUGAAUGCAAUAAUGAAGUACAUUCUUGUCACCGGGGGUGUCAUAUCAGGAAUUGGCAAAGGAAUCAUUGCCAGUAGUGUUGGGACAAUACUUAAAUCUUGUGGCCUUCAUGUUACUGCCAUUAAAAUUGAUCCUUACAUCAACAUAGAUGCUGGUACCUUCUCUCCUUACGAACACGGGGAGGUCUUUGUGCUUGAUGAUGGAGGUGAAGUAGACCUGGAUUUAGGAAACUAUGAACGAUUUCUGGAUAUACGACUUACAAAGGACAACAAUUUGACAACUGGAAAGAUUUAUCAGUCUGUUAUCAACAAGGAGAGGAGAGGAGAUUAUCUCGGCAAGACCGUGCAGGUUGUUCCACAUAUUACGGAUGCCAUUCAAGAGUGGGUUAUGCGUCAGGCUAAGGUCUCAGUGGAUGAUGACGGCGUGGAACCGCAAGUCUGCGUUAUUGAGCUUGGAGGUACAGUUGGAGACAUUGAAAGCAUGCCUUUUAUCGAAGCCUUCAGACAGUUUCAAUUCAAAGUGAAACGGGAAAACUUCUGCAAUAUUCACGUCAGCCUUGUUCCUCAGCCCAGUGCCACAGGUGAGCAGAAAACCAAGCCCACUCAGAAUAGCGUUCGAGAACUCCGUGGACUGGGCCUUUCUCCUGACCUGAUUGUUUGCCGAUGCUCCACAAAACUGGACAAUGCCGUCAAAGAGAAGAUCUCAAUGUUCUGUCAUGUGGAGCCAGAGCAGGUUAUCUGCGUACAUGAUGUCUCCUCCAUCUAUAGAGUUCCUCUUAUACUGGAGGACCAGGGCAUGGUGGAAUACUUCUGUCACAGGUUAAACCUGCCUAUGGAAAUGCGUCCCCGUAAGAUGCUCUCCAAGUGGAAAGAAAUGUCUGACAGGUCUGACAGACUUCUGGAACACUGUUCCAUUGCUUUAGUGGGAAAAUACACCAAGUUCUCUGACUCUUAUGCGUCAGUCAUUAAAGCCCUGGAGCACUCUGCUCUUGCCAUCAACUACAAGCUGGAGGUUAAGUAUAUAGAUUCCGCAGACCUGGAGCCCAACACGCUGCAGGAGGAGCCAGUGAAGUACCAUGAGGCAUGGCAGAAGCUCUGCAGUGCUGACGGAGUUUUGGUCCCUGGAGGAUUUGGUGUGCGAGGAACUGAAGGAAAAGUUCAAGCCAUUAGUUGGGCUAGGAAGCAGAAAAAGCCAUUUUUAGGGGUAUGUCUGGGCAUGCAACUGGCGGUGUGCGAAUUUGCCCGGAAUGUUCUCGGCUGGCAAGAUGCCAACUCCACUGAAUUUGAUCCAGAGACCCAGCACCCAGUGGUGAUUGACAUGCCGGAACAUAAUCCAGGUCAGAUGGGCGGGACCAUGAGGCUGGGAAAGAGAAGAACCAUGUUCAAAAGCAACAGCAGCAUUCUGAGAAAACUGUAUGGAGAUGCUGAAUAUGUGGAUGAAAGACACAGACAUCGAUUUGAGGUGAAUCCAGACUUGAAGCACCACUUUGAGGAGAAGGGGCUUCACUUUGUGGGUCAGGAUACAGAAGGAGAGAGAAUGGAAGUCAUUGAGCUUGAUGACCAUGCUUACUUUGUCGGAGUUCAGUACCAUCCAGAAUUCACAUCCCGUCCAAUCAAACCAUCACCACCUUACUUUGGCCUCCUUCUGGCCGCAGCGGGAAAACUUCAAAGCUACCUACUGAAAGGAUGUCGGCUGUCGCCACGUGACACGUACAGCGACCGCAGUGGCAGCAGCUCCCCAGACUCUGAAAUCACAGAGCUGAAAUUCCCUUCUCUGUCUUAGUAUGCGCACGGCGGC